AUGGUCUUCCUCAUGAACGAAAGAGGCAUUCCCGACCGACCAAACGAGAAACGAAAGACCUACCUAGUCAUCUCGAUCGCCGGAACUCAUGGCUUUCGCGACAUCGUCCAAGAUCUCAACAUUUUCAAGAGAAAGUUCGAAGACACGGAGGCAAGGGUUCACGCUGGAUUCUACAACCAGUUCCUGGCGCUCAAGCCUAAGAUCAGAAACAGAGUCGAACUGGUCUUGAAUGAAACUUCAGUCGAUGAAAUUCUGAUAACCGGCCAUUCGCUGGGCGGUGCUGUGGCAGCGAUGUUUGGUGCUUACCUGGCGGUGGAAUUUGAAGAUCAAAAUUUUCGAGUCAUUACUUUUGGCUGCCCAAAGCCUGGAAAUUCUGAUUUUAGAGAACUCUUUCAACAGAGGUAA